UGAUGAUCACCAGUGUUUAGAACUAGUGGAAUGUCUCUGCACUUCCCACAAUCCUGUAAAUGUCAGAGUCUGGAAUUCCAUAACAUUGUGCUGUACAUGCAGUGUAGCCUCGGAACCAUACAAACUAGUUGUUGCUAUAUACCUGCUGCUAUCAGAUCCCAUCCAAGAGGGCUGGAGGUCAACUGUCCCUAACCCUUCUCCCCACUGUUAAUACUGUGCAACAGAGAAGUGUCUGUGAACUUUGUUGUUCUCACGUAUUUAGCUGUAGCCACCCUAGUGAAAAUAUGCUUGAAAUUAACUGAACAUGGAAAAUUAAGAAAUUGUAACGAUGCUGUCUUUGUCCUGGAUUUCUUUUCCCAUACUUAUAUUUUGGUCACGCUGACAGCAGUGUCCCAUAAUGGGCAUUGGAGACUAGUUUAAUGUAUUUGAAAUGUAUUAAAAUGUGCUAGUUUAAGGACAUGUUUCAUGUUUGAUCAUGUGUUGAUGCUACAUCCAUUCUUUAGUUAAUGACUUUUUUCAUAGAGCAUGUGAAAAUACACAGCAAUCCUACUCUUCUUUACACUGCACUGUUUUGGAGGAUUUUGUGCAAAUGAAAACUCUUAAGUUUGUAAAUCCUGAAUGAAUGCAGAGUUUCAUUGGAUCCACGGUGUCCACAUUCACUAUCAGGUUGGAAAAUAUGCCAAACCCAGCAUGGGCUGAGGUAUGCCUGGUGUGGGCAAUGUAAAUGCGAAAAAGAACACUUGCACUUUGUUUAGCUGAAAAGAGGUUGCUAUAAAGGACAGCACAGUCAGGGUUUUUCCUGGCAUGAAAAGGGUUUUUAGUGCUCCCCCACCAUUGGGCUAGCACUUGUGGUCACACAGUCAUCCAACAUUUAACUAUUUCCCGUUUGCCCUUUACUCCCAUAUUUCCACUUUGGUGCACAACAAAGAUCUCUGUAUGCAGGAAAAACUCUGAUAGUAUUUACUUUAUGCUUCCAAGUCAUUUUCAGAUACAAUCCAUUUAUGGAACUGGAUAUUUCUACUUAAUUCAGAGUUAAAUACUUGGGUCAAAGGUACAGUGACAGCUUGAACUCACAACUUUUGUGGUGCAAGCCCAGUUCAGCAAUCAUUGUGCUAAAGAAUUAAGAAUAAAAAUAGACCAAUUUCAUAUUUUGGCGAUUUUUCAUUGUCUUUCCUUGUUCCGUAUGUUUUUGGUUGCCUGUGCGUUGAACAGAGAAUGGUUGCUUCAGCAAAUCAUCCUCAAAAGCACAUCGGUGUUGCUAAAACAUCUGUUAGCCAUGAUUUUACGUUACUCUUGCUGUUCCUAUUUCUGUGCAUUACUGUUCUGUGGCUCAGGUGUAAGGCAGUCUUAAUUAGGUAAUGUGCGAGUACGGUUGGGUGUUUACGCACCAUGCUUCUGCAACAUGGAUGAGAGCAUCGGAGGCUGACUCUUUGUUAAGCAGGCGUCCAAUGGGAGAAGAGCUGUCGCCCGGCUCGACUGCUGCAGUAGGGCGGGGGUGACCUUUCCCCUACUUCCCUGGAACGCAUGUAUUUCAUCCCUGCGCUGCAGGGUUUAGCCGUCCGCAGCACCGACACAGUGCACAGACGUGCUAGCAUUGCGUGAGGAUUUGUAUGCUGCUUUCCUAUAAGGGUUCUGCGUCGCCAGUCAAGUGAUGUGUCAGCUGGUCCAAGGCCACCUCAGGUGUGAGAGCUCCUGGAAGACUUCUUUGUUGAAGUCGGGAUCGCAACGGGUUCCAGUCAAGACGACUUUGGAUGUGCACAGAUCUUCCACUUGGGUCAGACCGCAAGGCUGAUGCUAACAGCCUGAAGAACUUCCUCUCAGCUGCCAGGCUGGCCCACAGAGGAAGCGAAAAUGACACGCUUCCAUUGUCUACCCUCACACCUGUCCGGGCCCGGGAUGUGGAGAAGCCCAAGAAGAAGCUGACCAUCGUGUCCAAGAAGGACUAUCCCCUCACCUCCAACUUCCCUUACUCUCUGGAGCAGCUGCAGGUGUCCUACUGCAAGCUGUCCCGAGUGGACAUGCGCAUGCUCUCCCUCAAGUGUCUGCGCAGGCUGGACCUCAGCAACAACCACAUCAAGAAACUGCCGGCCACCAUUGGGGACCUGGGCUGCCUGGCUGAGCUAGUCCUCCACAACAACCACCUGGAGGCCUUCAGCGAGGCCCUGUGUCUGUCCAGCCUGCGGCGCACCCUCCAGCUCCUGGACCUGAGUCACAACUGUCUCCAGGGCCUCCCGGCCCAGUUCUGCCAGCUGCGGGAGAUGGUCAACCUCAAGCUGGACCACAACCGGCUCCUGCGGCUGCCCUUCCAUAUCGGCCAGCUCUCCAAGCUGCGCUUCCUCUCGGCCGCCCACAACAAGCUGCCCUUCCUGCCCGGCAACUUCCGCCAGCUAUCUCUGGAGAACUUGGACCUCUUUGGCAACCCCUUCGCCCAGCCAAACCCACUGGACCACACCAUCCAGCUCACAUUCCCCCUCACACUCCAGGAGAUGGCCUCUCGUGCUGUGAUCAACCUCAGAAUCCCCUACGGGCCGCGUGUCCUGCCCGCCCACCUGUGCCGGGAGCUGGAGCUGGCCAAGGCCUGCGACUGCGGCCGGGCCUGCCUUGGCUCCUACAUCCAGACGGCGGUCAACGUGAACCUGCACUCGGUCUCCCACACGGUGGUGCUGGUGGACGACAUGGGGGGCACGGAGGCCCCCGUUCAGCGCCAUUUCUGCUCCCUCACCUGUUACUCUGAGUUCCUGGACGGCUGCCUGCAGCGCAGUCUGAGAUGAUAUCGCCGGGGCCGGGGACCGCCUGCCGGCGUCGCGCGCGUACGGCACCGGGCAUCAGAGGCAGCAAGCCAGUUUAAGGCAUCACGAUGGACCGCAUCGAGUACCUGCGCACUGUCGGGUGCCAUCACCCCUCACCGAUUUGGCAGCUGCUGAGGCAUGCAUGCUCAUUCCAGAAGUGCAUUAGCCGUUAAUCGGACAAGCAUCAAGAGGCUUUUGAUGUAGCUGCUGGAGCAAAACAGAGAGCGCUCGCUGGACAGUUAGCCCAGUUCACUAUGUGAACUCUUAACAGGGAGUGAAAACAGUGCACUGCUUUUACACUCGUUGAUGGAAGAGUUUGAAUGGCAGCUUUGGAAAUAGGUCAAGGGAAAUUAAACAACACUUUCAUGCAGUAUUUGUUUAUUCUUUCCCAUGAACAAUGUCUUUCACUGUUUAUGCAACCAUGUUCAAUUUCAGAUAUUGAGCAGUACCAAUGAAUUCGCUGAAUGUCUUGAAUGUGUCUAAAUGGUCUUUCCUAAGUGUUCUGCAUGCAGUGGUGUAAGCAUUAAACUGGCCAUUGGAAGCAUUCUGUGGUUCUCCAGAAUUGCUUACAACUUCAGAUCAGUUGAAAGCAGAGUUCUUUUGUGCAUUACUGGGGUUUCUUGCAAGUCACUCUUGUGUUUUACCAUUGUAUUAAUUUAUGUUUGUCAGAUAUUAAAUUAAAAUGUCAUUAUUUUGCGGUGGUUGUCAAUGAUGUAAAUGGUUGGUGAAAGAAUAUGCCUCCCUUUAGUAAGUAGAAACAUUGAUCAUAAAUUCUGUUGUGAAAUAUACUCAGGGUAACCCCAUUAAUAGUCUGUAAAAUUGCUGCAGAAGUAGCAACCACUAAUCCAAAUCGAAUCGUAUUGGACAAGUAUGAAUAGUAGUCUCCAAGAUGGAGUUUCUAGUUGCUUGCAAUGCCCUUAACAGUACACAAGAUGGCACCAACGAGUUGUACUAUAUUCGUUUUUUUGUUUUUUUGUUUUUUUGUUUUUGCGGCGGAAAUUUUAAUUGUACCAAAACUCACCUCAGAAAAAGAAUGUUUGGGAACAAUCAAUGUACUCUCCAAAUCUUCCUGAGGGGUUCACUGAAUUUCCAUGUCAUAUAGUUUCUCUUUCGUUUAAACAAUACCUUCAGAAUGAUUCAUUGUAGCACUGGUGUGUAUUCUGUUUUAAGGUGUUGAGAUGUGGAGACCUGUUAGCUUGAAGUAGGAAAGGCAAAAUUAUUUUUUUCUGAUAAUUUUUUUGAAUUACAAUAAGUCCCAAAAAGUGAACAGCAUCUUUAAAUUUUGUUAUAACCAACAUGAAUGUGAAGUGUAUAACAUUUACAAAGGCAACAACACAGUUUUCAAAUUAAAAGGCGUUUACCACUGGUAGGUGAGCCAUAUUUAAACUUAUACAUUUGGUCACCACAGAAGUAAUCAAAAGCCGAUUUGAAGCCCGACGGUGUUUCAAGGUAUGUUUUAAGAAUCUGUCCACUUCAGCACACGGUGGCUUUUACUUGCAGACUCCUAAUACCAAGCCCAUGUCUACAUUUACAAUCAAAAGGUGCUUGCUAAUAGGCAUUCUUUUCAAAAGGCGAUAUCUGGCUGAUGGUGUAGGUAACACAGGUGACAUCAUACAGACAAAGGUUUUAACUAACACAGGCUGUCCUGAUUUCUGGCUAAAGAAAUCUGUGGCUCCUUUGUGUGAUCAGGAAGUGUCCUGACUUCAAACCUCACUAAGAAACAACCUGCCAGAAAUGUACCUCUGUCUUCCUCACAUGAAUAAAGGUACACAUCCUUGGUUGAACUAAGAGGCGGGGACUAUGCAGACUUUACUAACAUGGGUACUAUACUAGCAUGAAUACUACAAACCGUAAUGUACAGUAACAGUGUGUUUUGUGAUGGAGGUUAUUGAAGAGUUUAUAUUGUACAUCCACAUGGAAAUGUGUAAUUCAAUAAAAUUA